UAAAACCGAAACCUCCAGAGUCUCUCUUUGCAUCACUAGUCUCACUUCUUAUUACAAACACAUACACACAGUAGGAAAAAACAUGGCGACUCUUCAAGUACCAGCAUGCGUUCCUUCUCCUGCUGAGGACUCUGAGCAGCUCAAGAAGGCUUUUGAAGGAUGGGGCACAAAUGAGGGCUUGAUCAUUUCUAUAUGGGCUCAUAGGAAUGCUGAUCAGAGGAGACUAAUUCAGCAGACUUAUGCUGAAACUUAUGGGGAGGAUCUUCUCAAGGCACUGGACAAAGAACUCACAAGUGAUUUUGAGCGCGCUUUGCUGCUAUGGACGCUGCAUCCUUCCGAGCGUGAUGCAGCUUUGGCUAAUGAGGCUACAAAGCGGUUCACUUCAAGCAAUUGGGUUCUCAUGGAAAUAGCUUGUUCUAGAUCUUCACAUGAACUACACCUGGUAAAGCAGGCUUACCAUGCUAAGUUCAAGAAAUCCCUUGAAGAGGAUGUUGCAUUUCAUACGUCUGGAGACUUCCGCAAGGUGAGUCAACUCGUGAGGCAAGGUACCUUGGAAACUGUUAUUUUGGAUGUCCAGAUCAACAAGGAAUGAUAAGUUGCCUAGCUCAGGAGGAAUGGUGCUCACGAGACCAAAGUAAGAGAGGUUCAACUCUGCGACUCGAUGAUGACGUGCACCACAAAUGACGCCAACCCAGUUGCAAAUAGGGGUGGUGGUUAACCAGUUGGUAAAGAUCAUGUUUUGAGGGUCACUAGUGAUAUGGGCUUUUGGAGCAAGAAGAGCAGACCGGUCUGUGGUGAUGUUAAGGUUGGUUUGCAUUGCCAUAGUUAAGCAGCUAGCCGCCUCACAAUAGAUCAAGUAUACCAGGAAGAACCAAGUAACUCUUUCCAUUAUUUGAAUAAUGGAUAUGCAAAGUGUGUGGAAUUGUUCAAUGUGGAGAGUUACAAGAGAAAUUGUGUGGAGAUACUUUAAUAUAUACACACACACACACACACACACACACAUGCUACUAAUUCAGAGAGGUUGCUUACUUUUCGAUCAACAUAUGCAAACUCACAGCAUGUCCAAAGACUUAGACUACCACAUAG